UGCUACGAAAUGGAACGAUACCUGAAGGAUGAGCCGAAGCUGCGGAAGUACAAGAAGCUACCGACUGACACACCGUGGGACCUGUUCGCGGCGCCCGGCCCACUGCCCGGCUCGUGGAAGGUGGAGGUGGAACCGUACUGCUUCGAUGACCUCAACCUGAACGAUCGGACGUCGGACGCGCGGUCCGAGUCGUCCUCUUCCUCGUCCUCCUCCUCCUCCUCCUCGUCGACGUCCUUCGCGUCGGCCCUGUCCGAGGUGGGUCUGGUGCCGUCGUCGGCGGCGGCCACGCCCUGGCCGACGGGCGCCGGCGGGACGCUGCUGAGCUGCGCCGUGAUGGUGAAGAAGGAACCGAUCGACGACCCGGACGAAGAUCCGGAGUCGGACAGCUACCUGGACAGUGAGCCGAGUGAGAAGUACCGCAUCAAGGCGCGCAUCAUCACCACCUCCGGCGGGAGUCCUGCGAACCCCUCCGGCAUUCCGGCUCGGGUCAGUCCAGACCAGCAGCCCAGCACUACCACCACCAUCACCACCGCCAGCGCCACCGCCAAAUCGUCCGCCGAGCGUCAUCAUCACCACCGUCACCACCUGCACAGUAACCACAACCACCACCACCACCAUCAUAGCAACAACCACCACACCCACAGCCAGCCCAGCCCGCAUCUGCACCCGAGCGGGCUCGAGCUUCGGUUGGUGGCGAGGGCGACGGCCACGACGGCUCCCGAGCUGCUGCCCACGCUGACGCCUCCUUCGUCGCCCGAGUCACACCUCAGUCUGAGCGCCAAGGAUACGGCCCUCGCGGUCACGACGUCGCUGGCGUCGAUCAAGAAGGAACCGGGCGUAGGGACGGGGACCGAGCUGGCGCUCCUCAGCGAUCGGCCCGCGGGCCAGAUCCUGCGGGUGUCCGCCGGACCGCACGUGGUCCGGCUGACGACGACGGCGGCGGGAGGGGCGGCACCCAACGCCAACGGGGCGCUCGGCAAGAGCGUGGUAGGGCUGGCCCGCGUGAUACAGGUCAGCGGCCACACGGUCAUUGCGCAGCGAACCUCACCAUCCGCCUCACCGAGCGUUACCACGCCACCACCGCAGCUCAGCUCCAAGCACCACCAUCGGCAGCAGGACCACAGUCCGGACUCGAAGCGGCGGAUACACAAGUGUCAAUUCCUCGGCUGCAAAAAGGUCUACACGAAAAGCUCUCACCUCAAGGCGCACCAGCGAACGCACACCGGAGAAAAGCCGUACAAGUGCUCGUGGGAGGGCUGCGAGUGGCGGUUUGCGCGGAGCGACGAACUGACACGCCAUUACCGGAAGCACACCGGCGCGAAACCGUUCAAAUGCCGGCACUGCGAUCGAUGCUUCUCGCGUUCCGAUCAUCUGGCGCUGCACAUGAAACGGCACGCCUAAAGCAACGGCGGCAGCUGCGGCAGACUGUUCAAGAUACCGACGGAGAGACGGGGAGAGAGAGCUUUACCGGAAGAGAUCAGCGCAGCGGAGGAGAUCAACGAUGGCGACCGAGAGAUAGAGAGAGAGAGAGAGAGCUUUUCUAUGUUGGCUGAACGUGAUACCAAGCAGUGCGUGAAUAUUGAUUGGUUGAAAGCAUAACGACGGCGGCGGCGACAACAACUACUAAACGAGCAUUAACCGGCGAAAGUGGACCGGCCAGCGAAAGCAAGCGAAGUCGUCGGCAUAAUGAUCGGCGCCACCGUCUCGGCACCAUUAAUGUAUUUCCCAUCGCACACACAUCGUAAACAUAAUCAUCCCGUCGUCGCGAUCAUCGAGUUCGAGCGAAACCGAAAACGGACAAACCACUAAAUUAAACGGCACACAGGGAAAUCGACAAAAAAACAACAUUAAAAGAGAAGUAAACCACUCACACGCAUACAGACCAGCUGCAGUUUCGGGUGCAUGGAGGAAGAAACACAUCAGCAUCAGGUGGCGCACGGUGGUCUCAGCUCAGCCCA